GCGCGCGCGGCGGUGUGUGCCAGGCAGCUGCGUGUGUGCGUGUGUGCGCGAGAGUUCUGUGCGCGUCCGCUACGGUGCUCGCCGGCUGCUGCCGCUCUGCCGCUCGCUCGCCGCUGCCGCCCGCUAUAUAGUCGCCGCCGCCGCCGCCGCCCGACCGUCUGUGCGCGUGUGCGUGCGCGAGCGUGGCCGUCGCGCCGGCAAAAGAGCGAGAAAGAGACGCGAGACGCGAGAGAAGGAGCGACACACGGAGCGUGGGUGAGCGAGAUAGAGCGAGAGAGCGCUCGCGCGCCGCCGCCGCCGCCGCCGCCGCCGUCGUCUCAGUGUGUGUGUGUGUGCGUGCGUCGCCGGAGUGACUAUUCGCCGGCCGGCCGCCCUCAGUUACGCGCGCGUAUAGAUAAUAAUAAUAAUAAUAGUAAUAAUAACAAUAAUUUUAAUAUAUUAUAAUAUUUAUUUUUUUUUUUUCCAUAAAACCUCAAAUCUCAAAUUUUAUUAUUUUAUACAAUCGUCUCGCGAUCUGCCGUAAUUAAUUUUUUUUCCGCUCCACCUCCUUUUCUUCGACCGUACACGCCGCGGACGACCGCCUCCGUCACUGCCAUCGUCCGUACGGGAUGCGAUGAUAUAGAGUUUACGUCGACAAUUUCUGCCGUCGUCCCGUGUCGCCGCCCGAGAUCGGUCAACCGCCGCCCGACCAGAGCAAUAAUCGUAUACGACCAGGCAUCGUCGUCACUGCCGCCAUUACCGCCGCACAGCAGUCGACGUCUUCGUCUUCCGCCGUCAUCACGUGCGUCUCGGUCCGUUCCACGUGCGACGACAACGGUCUACUGCGGCUGCGACGCGUUACCGCUCUAUAAUAAGACAGCCGAGCUGCAGCGGUGUCGUUGGUAACGGCGGCGACGGCGGCGGCGACGGCGACAGCGACGGUGGUGGCAAACGUCGACUGACUUUUACUCUUGUCGUCCCUACCGGACGGCGACCGUCGUCUGCUGCUGGACCUGCCGGCUGGUGGUGUCGUCGUCGUCUUCGUCGUCGUCGUCAUUGUUGUUGUUUUUGUUGUUGUGCACUUUCGCCUCCACCUCCACCUCCACCUCCACCACCGCCGCCGCCGUCGCGUACCUUUCGCCGUCACUUGAUCGGAUCACUCCGUCGUCACACCGCCGAAGUGAUGCAACAGCAAUGCGGUUUUUGCGCCGCGGUGUCCGACCUUUUCCGGAGGAUCAUGUGCUUUAACGGCAGUAGGAGGGGCAGCGACCAGUCGUACUAUCACGAACUGGACAACGAUGACCCUCAGAUCGCACUAGUGACUGCUGAUCCCACGAACGUAUCGGCUCAUUCUCCAGAUGUGAUUUACAUUCGACUCAGAGACGACUCGCCCACAGAUGACCGGUGCAGAAGACGAUCGAGAUUGCUGUCCGAGGGUGAGGUGGUGCUACUCGAGUCGGUAGCCCAUCACGGUAAACGGUUACCCAACGGCCGGUUUCUUACCAUGCACAAACGUAGGCGGAAAAAGCUCACCACCCGAUCCUUGUCUAACGAGAAUGCGCCGGCGCUAUUAGACGACAUUCACCACGGCCAAGUCCAGUGUGUGCUCAAGCACGUCUGGAAAUGGCCGUUCAACGCUUUUGCAUUAGACACAGCUACAGGGGGAAGAUCGCUUCCAGUACUUUGUGUUCAUCUUUUCCAUUGGUACGGCCUAAUGGAACACUUCAAGUUAGACGUGGUCCAAGUUUGGAAACUUUUUAGUCUUAUAGAAGAAGGGUACCACAGCACAAACCCGUAUCACAAUGCAAUCCAUGCUACCGACGUGACCCAGGCAAUGCACUGUUUCCUGCAAGAAGACAAGAUCAAGAACUUCUUGACGCCACUCGAAAUCAUGGCGUCUCUUAUUGCGGCUGUUGCUCACGAUCUCGAUCAUCCCGGUGUCAAUCAACCGUUUCUUAUCGCCACCAGCAAUCACUUGGCUACUCUUUACGAGAACACCUCGGUGCUAGAGAAUCAUCACUGGAGGUCGGCGAUUGGCUGUUUGCUCGAAAGUCACGUAGCUGAGAAACUAAGUCCCAUAAGACAAGACCUCGAAUCGCAAAUAAGUUCACUGAUCUUGGCCACGGAUAUUACGAGGCAACCAGAAUUUUUGAAGAAAUUCAACAAUUAUCUGGAAAAUGACGAGUUGGACAUGAAGGAUCCGGAGUUGCGGCACUUCAUUCUACAAAUAGCACUUAAAUGUGCUGACAUAUCGAACCCGUGCAGGCCAUGGGACGUGAGUCGCAAAUGGAGUCUGAAGGUGUGCGACGAAUUCUUCAGGCAAGGGGAUUACGAAAGGCAGUUAGGAUUGCCAGUCACUGAUAUCUGUGAUAGAUACAAUAAUACGGUGCCGAAAAUUCAAACCGUAUUCUUCAAAUUCAUGGUGUUGCCGCUGUUCAACUUGUGGCACAGGUUUUUGGACACCAAGCUGUCGCAUUCGAUGAUGGAAAACCUGCGGAAGAACCAACAGCAGUGGGAAGAGCUGCGGGAACGCGAGAGCUGCGACGAGCAGCAACUGCUCGCGGACGCGGACGACACGAUUCUGGAACCGGAAAACGAGCUGGACGAAGACGCGCUCCAGCAACAGCAGCAGAACCGCCGGGGCUCGCUUCCGGCCGUCAUGCUGGAGACGGUGGACAAGAUGGGCCGCCGGCACUCGGUGCCCCUGAACCUGGCCCGGGUGACCAGCGUCGGCGGCCACGCGCUGCCGUGCACCAUACUGCGCCGGGACAGCCUGCAGGGCGCCGUGCCGUCCACGCUACUGGUGCAAGCGGAGAACCGUCGGCGGUUCACGCUGGGACAGAUCCCGUAUCUGGAGGAGGAGGAGGAGGGCCUGUGCAUGUCGGUGGGCUCGUCCCGGAGCAGCGGGCUGCAGCGGUCGUCGGACGGCGGCGGUUGCGGCGGCGGCAGCAGCAACAUGAGCAACGUGGACGACCGGCCGGUGAGCGCCGAGAACCUGAUACCCGAACCGAGCAUAGCGACCAUCACGAACACGGCCGACGCCAGCCGACUGUGCAACGUCAUACACGGCGUCACGUCGCCGGUGCUCGGCUACCAGGCGGCGGUGGCCGGUUCCAGGGGCCUGACCCGCCAGCAGACGUUCCCGCCCAUCCAGCCGUACGUCCGCGCCCGGUACCUGUCCACCGGCGGCGACACCGCCGCGCCCUGUUCGUCGUCCAGCGGCGGCACGUCGGCCGUGUCCACGGCGUCCAGCCGGACCGGUUCGACGAGCAGCGAGGGCUGUCAGGGUAGCCCCGGUCCCGUCGGGGGCGGCAACGGCACGAAGCGCGACUCGAUCCUGGACACGGAACGGACGUUCAAGUUGGCCAGGUUUUCGUCCGACAAGGACGAGAAGGAAAACGUCGAUCCGGCGGCGCGGACCAACGCGGAAAUCAGGCGCAACAGCAAUCACGUGAACCAGAUUUUGACGAGACGUCGAGGUUCGGCACCAGUAGGCGCUGGAAAUGGUGAUAGUAUCAUGGGACACGUGACAACCGGCAAGGGACAAGAAAUAACUAUUCCCAGGCGUGGGUCUGUGCCAUCAGAUUUUUCCAAACAGAGUGCCCUUUUUAAGGUGGUGGCCACAGGGCCACUGAGCACAAAUAGCCGGAAGCAAGGCGCGAGACGUUCGUCGCUACCCUAUGAUUCCAAUAUUGGAUUAUCGAGCUCGCCUCUUGUUUCUUCUUCCCGGCCAGAGAGAAGAGGUUCGGACGGAAGUCGACCGGGUAGCCGAAGACGUCGCAGAAAGUCAAUGAAGCGACGGAGCUCAGGCGGACCGGACGUACUGCUAUCCACCGGACAAUCCAUGGAUUCGUUCUUGGCGCACCGCCGCGGUUCUUUGCCCGUCGAAAUACUUGCCACGUCCUUCUCGGGGCCACAUUGAGAAAAUUGAUCAUCGAAUUUUCGCACCGUAGACUGACACAAUUAUAUUUGAACGAUAAAUAUGCAAGUCGGCUGUUGCGAUGAUAUUUGCACGAAAUUCUCGAUACUUUGUAUUAUUACCCUUAUAAUACGCUAAUUAUUGACAAACGGAGCGUAAAUAUUUUAUGGUCUUCCUAGCGCAGUAUUCUUAAAACAAACGUAAAAAAAAAAAAAAAACACAACAAAAAAAACAAAAAUGGAAUCUUUUAAUUUAUUUUAUUUUCAUCAUUGACCAAAUCUCGACGCUUAUGGUUCGUUUUUGAUUUUCGGUAACUAUAAGCUUAACACUUCUAAACAAUAAAUAUUAAAUGUAAAUAUAUAAAACAUAUUCAUCUAUUGAUACGAAUCAUAUUAUGUAUGAUCACUUUACAGUUUAUUUUAAACAGUUUUCCACUUAUUUCUAACUGUGUAUAUGUGGUACAUAUCAUGCAUUUGUGUUGACCAUCUUUGCCUUUUUUACAACUAUUAUAUUAUUAUUAGUCUAAGCUUAAUAGGGCACACCGCAUUCCGCCUUCGCGUGCGAACCCGUGUCGCUCAGUACACACCCUACGAUGACAUUCUGCAGGGUUUAUUGCAUAUUUUAAUCGUUAUCCAUCCACAUGAAAUAUAUGUCGUGUUCGAUGUUCCGCUCUAUAAUAAUCGUCAGGUUCGAUUUACUUGGGAAAGAAACAAUUUUACAAAACAUAAAAUAUACUUCCGCAAUAUGAUAUACAUAAUAUGAAAUAUGUUUUCGAGUCAUUUGAAUUCGAUCGACUGCGUUAAACUACGUGUGGUUCACAGUCGUAGGCAUAGGAUCAUCUGUGUAGAUUAUAAUACAUAAUUAUUGAAUGACAUCAAGUGCAUUAUGCUGUUCAAAUGUAGUUUAUAUUUUCUUCUCUCUUCUUCUUUUUCUUCUUAUUUUUAUUAUAAUUAUAAUUAUUAUUAUUAUUUUUUUUUUUUUUUAAUAAGUAUAACGAAAAAUCACUGCCAUUGUACUGAUAUUCUUCAUUAUAAUAUUACAAUUUUUGCGAAUUGCGUUAUGCUUUAGUUUGAUUGUUAAAUUUGAGUUACUAAUUUAAAUAAUCAUUUUAUUAAGUUUUUCUUUGGUUAAAAUAAUCUUUUAUUUUUAUUGAAGUUUAUUUUUCUCUGUUUUAAGUGCCAAAUAUGAAAUAGUAUUGAAACAAUAACUUCCGUAUUUUUAAAACCCCUUUGUAGGUACAAUAACUUUAAAUUGAACAAAACUAUGCUAAAUCUUGUGUCUUAAUCGAAAAAUAUGGUUUUUCUCUAGUCAAAAUCAAUAAGUUUUUUAUUAGUAUUUUAUUAACUUUACUAUCGAAGAAUCUCUUUGGUCGUAUCUACUUAACAAUAAAAACAAACCGUUGCAUAAAAUUCUUCCAAUCGUAAAUAUAUAUAUAUUCAUAUAAUAAUCAAGUCUAAAAAAUAAACGUAAUAAUGAUCUGCUCCAUUUAACGGAAAAAUUAUGUAAAAUAAUAUUAAUUUCGGACGUGUUUAUUUAUUAAUAAUAUUAAUUAAAAUUAAUUUAAACAACUGAACUAUUAUUAAUUUAAUUUAUAAAAUUAUUAUAUGGAAACGUAUGUACCUCUUAUAAUCUUGAUGUACAUUGUUUAUUCUAAACAGAAAUAAGUAUACACUUAAAGUUAUAAUAUGUUCUUCAUUUAUAAAAACCUUAUUCAACAGAUAACGUUGAUAGUUAUAUCUGUAGGAUGAUUUUAUUUUAUUAUGAUAAUUACCUUUUUUUUUUGUUUUUUCGUAAGUAUUUUCAAUACAAUAAAAAAUAUCAUUAUCAUUAUUAUUAUUUUGCUAAUUAAAAGCUUAAUUUAGAUGCUAAACAGUUGGCUAAAUUCGACAUGCGCUUUUUUUUUUUUUUUGCUAACUACUGGGGAUUUUAAACACGGAAAAUCAGUAAAACUUCUAAUAAGCGUAUAACAUAAUCUCAAUAUUUUGUAUGAUAAUAAUAAUGAUAAUAAUUAUGUCUUAAAAACGCACAUCACAAAUUUUGUUUUUAAAACUAAUAUUUUUUGUUAUUGUUAUAUUACAGCUAUUUUUAUUAUUUUCAUUGUUUAUGUUGUCGGUUAAUAUAUAGGUGAAUGUAUUUUGUGUUGAUUUGUUUUUCGUUUGUGAAUUUCUAGUUUUUUUUUUCUUUUAAUUACCUAUAAUUUGAUUAUAUAAGUAUUCCCGUCCUAAUAAAGCUAUGCUUACGUUAUUAUACUGUCAUAAUAUUAUUAUACUUAAUCUCGUAAUAGUAUACUCUGUAAAAUAAUGAUUGUCAAACAAAUACAUUUUUUUUUUAACCAACAUCAGUAUCUAUACAUUAUUAUUGUUAUUAUUAUUAUUAUAUACCGAGGUGAUUACACUGCGGUUAUUAAGAAAUACAUAUUAUUAUAAUCUUCCCAAUACUGUUUCCAAGAAAAUGUGUGACAAUUAAAAAAAUAGCGUAUCUAUUAUAAUGAAAUAGAAUUUUCAUUAUAUUGAAUAAUAUUGUAUUGUAUGUUCUAAAACGUAAUGAUUUCUAUAAUAAAACUAUAUCGUUAAUGCCAAU